AUGAAAGUUGCACAAUUUCCAACUUCUCAUAUUAUUUCAAAUCCGACCACAAUUGAAGCCGAAACUUGCUUAUGUCAAGUUUGUGGUGAUAAAGCACACGGUGUACAUUUUGGUGUGAUGGCUUGUCGAGCAUGUGCUGCUUUUUAUCGACGAUUUAUUGUAUUGAAUUUAGAAUAUGAAUGUUUGAAUGAUCCAAGAAAAUGUAUUGUGGAUAACACAAGAAGAAGUUCGUGUAGACAUUGUCGAUUCCAAAAAUGUUUGAAAGCUGGAAUGACUACUGACAGUAAGUUAAAUUGAUGUGUUCCCUUUACAAACUAUUAUUUUUUCAGAUGUCCAAUUUAAUCGAGAUGUUUAUUCACAUGGAAGUGAACGUCGUCGAUCAAAAAAUAAUAAAAUGAAAUCACCAUCAAAAAUUGAGGAAAAUGCAAUUUAUCCUUCGACAAGUGUGAUUGCUCUACAAGAAAAAUUAUAUCGUUCCAGUAUUUUUGAAGAAUGUAAAAAUAUAAGUAUCAGAAGUGAAUGUGAAAGAAUAUUUCGAAGUAAUUAUCCAAAUAUUAAUGAAGAUUUCGGAAAUUUAAACAAUUUGCAAAAGGUUGCAUUUGGUCUUGAAAAACUGCGAGCUGGUCAAGAUUUAGAAGAUAUUAAAUUUGAUAAUCGAUUAAGUUAUGAUACUUUGGUACCACAUUGGACGAAUGUUUCAAAACAAAUCGCUGAACUUGUGAUGCAUUCAUGGCUUUUUCGAAAUAUUAAUUCGACUGAACAAUUGAAAGUUUUCAAAUAUGUUUGGAAAACACUUUAUCGUCUUGAAAGAUUGCAAAUGACUGUUCAGGUUUUCGGUGAAAAAUGUGUCGAUGAAAGAGUAAGUUUUUUCCAAAAAAGAGUUAGAGAAUUAUCUUGUUGAUUUACAGAAACUGAUAAUUGAUUCUAAAAGAGCAAUUCAACUUGAUGCUUUAUUUUUGGAUAUUGAAGGAGUAUCUAAAGAGAAGAGAAGAUUCACUCUAAAUGAAUAUAAAAAGUAUGCGGAUCGUUUGAUAACUGAAGUUGCAAAACCGUUAUGUAAACUAAAAUUAUCAACAAUUGAAGUUGCUUUUAUGUUAUGUAUGGUUUGUCAAUAUAACGAACAACAUUAUUUUGAAAACAGUGUUGUACCAGUUGCGGAUGCUUUUCAAAAUGAUAUUUCAAAUAAUCUUCAUGAUUAUUAUACGAGUAUUGGAAUCACAAAUUAUGGUUCAAGAAUUCAACAAAUUAUUAAAUGUGUCACAGCAAUGAAAAAAAUACAUAAUGAUGAUUUCAUUGGAAAUCUAAUCGAACCUCCGAUUCUUGAUCAUAAAUCUACACAACAAUAA